CAGGUUAUGACAUGUACACGUGUGUGUGUGGGUGUGUCGCUCAGGAUGUUGCUGCUCCUUGUUUCCAUAGUAACGGCGUGGUCAUCACACCUGCAGCAGCUCUCAGACAGAAAUAGAACCUCACAGAACGUGUCAUGGCCGACGCUCGCUCACAGACCACAGCUGUGCACGCGCUCGCCAACAUCACCGCCAACGCCACCGCGACCUCUGCGGCGGCUCAGGUCGCCACGGUGAUCAACUGGCUGACCUUCAGUGUCGGGCUGCCCGCCAUCGCCAUGGCUAUUUACGCCCUGAAGAAAGUGUCCUCAGGAGGAAAUAAAAUUCCCAUCCAUGUCAUUUUCCUCCUGGUCUCUGACAUCAUCAGUUUCUUGGGUCGUCCACGCGGAGACCAGGAUGUGGACCAGGACGUGGACCAGGACGUGGACAGCGGCACCGUCGUCUCCUCCAGCUCCACCGACUUCAUCUUCAACUUUGGAGUCAUCUCUAACAUCACCCUGAUGUCCUUCAUAGCCCAGAAGCUUCACGUCUCCGUGGUCUACCCUCAGUGUCUCGGCUGCUGCGCCAGCGUCCGCCGCUCCCCCGUGGUCGCCUUGGCGGCGUGGGCGGCGCCACUGGGCGUCCUGGCUCUGGCGGUGCUGGAGUACGAUUUCUGGUUUGCCGUGGCUCUGCUCGUCCCGUUCCCCUUCCUCCUCUUCUUCACCGUGGACUCCUGGCGAGCCCUGACCUGCUCCACGUCCAACCGCCCAACACCGGCGCGCAGGAGGACGGUGUUGGGGAUCGGUGCAAUCUGGGCCAACUACACCGUCCUGUACGGUCCCUUCAUCCUCAGCGUCCUGCUGCGGGCUCUGUCCUUCAAGGACGCGGUGUGUUACCUGGAGCUGGUGUCUCACCUGCUGCUCUACCUCAGUCCUCUGGUCGACCCGUUCAUCUACAUCUUCAUGACCAAAGGCUUCAAAGAGGUUCUGCAGGCUCUGCCCUGCUGCCAAAGACCGGACCAGCAGGAGGACACGAGGACGACUAUCAACACUGUCGCUGAGACUGUGGACACUGUGACCAGGUUUUGAAAAGGACACAUCUAUAAGUCCAGUUGAAACCAUGUGUUGACUCUUGUCUCAGGUACUGAGACUUCAUAAAUGGAGAAUGUUUCUGUCCCCAAGAAAAGAUCUAGCAGAAGACACAGAGACACCAGGGACACGAGGAAAAACUGAUUUUUAACCAGAGUCUGUGACUCUACGCCUGCGUAAUUCUACGAUGUAGGAAAUGCAUUUUUACUUAUUUAUUUGAAAGUUAGUCAAACAUUCCCAACAGGAAACCAGAAUUUUUUAACCACUCACUCUCCCACACCAAAGUCCAUAGAGAAAAUCAGUGAUUUUAACUUCACACACACAGGAGUUGUUGAUCCACUGCUGCCUCCAUCACUGAGUUCAAAUGUCUGAUUUUGUCACUUCGGCAUUUGAAAAUCUUUUGUUCAGAUUGACCUCAGUGACACAAAGUGACCACACAAGGCAGCAGAGGACCAGCAUCUCCUGUGUCCCUGUGAGCUAAAAUCACUGAUUUUCUCUAUUGACUUUGGUGUGGGAGAGUGAGUGGUUUAAAAACAUCUUUGUUAACUGGCUGAACUUUUUUUUUUGGUCUUAAUUAUGACUUUAAAUCCACUGAAAUCCUUUUAAAUGAAUGACAGAUUUUCAUUAGACUGAUUUUGAACGACAUUUGGAAGACAUACUAUACUAUGACUUUUUUGUCUCAUUUUGGUCGACAUACUAUACUCUGACUUUUGUCGUUUUUAGUCAGGCUUCCUUCUUCUUACGAACAAUAGGUGAUGAGUUGAUGAUGUAGAAAGAACC